AUGUCUUCUAGGUCUAGAAUGGCGGGGAUAAAUAACCUAGCAUUGGAGCUGUCGGAACAAAUAUCAGGAGUUGCGGAUGUUAACGAGACCUUACCUAAAUUUGUCGAGCACGAUGUGGCGAUCAUCAAGGAAGAAAUAAAAGCUGAAGAGCAAUUAGAUUCACAAGUGUCGGUGUCCAAGUCUUUGUGCGGGUGGUUUUCUUUCAGGCCCUCUUAUUUGCAGAAAUUUAGGACAGCUAAGUGGGCUUUGUUUUGGCUUUGUUGGGCUGGUGCUAUGCAAGGAAUGGUAGUAAACGGUUUCAUAAACGUGGUUAUCACGACAAUUGAAAAGAGAUUCGGAUUAAAUUCUUCAGAGACAGGUCUCAUAGCCGGGGGCUACGAUAUCGCAAGUUUUGUUUUCUUAAUACCCGUCAGCUAUCUCGGCGGUCGCUCAAAGGCAUCCAAGCCCAAAUACAUCGGCGUGGGAGUUCUAGUCCUGGGUAUCGGAAGCCUGCUCUUCGCCUCGCCGCACUACCUCUCUCGAGGAAACCACCAGGCGGGUCACAAGUCCUCGGUGUCCUGCAAUCGCACCUUCAUCAGCAAUAAUGAGACUUCACUGUCGCAGUCCAAGUGCACCCAGCAGCUCGAUGACACUGUCGAGGUCGGGCCCUUCAGCGGGUUCUAUCUUAUGAUUUUUUUCAUCGCUCAACUGCUUCAUGGAGCCGGUGCUGCGCCUUUUUACACUCUUGGUGUCACUUAUCUCGAUGAAAAUGUCUCUAAAAAAAUGUCUUCUGUCUAUUUGGGAAUUUAUUACACCAUGGCUGUGAUUGGUCCAGCGAUGGGAUAUGUGAUCGGCGGAGAGUUACUUAAACUUUACACGGAUUUUCUUACUACUGAUCCCAGAACGAUUGGUAUGACUCCAGACAGCAAUGUAUGGAUUGGAGCCUGGUGGAUUGGGUUCGUAGCGGCAACAGUAGUGUGUAUUGUCGUCGCUAUUCCAAUAAUUGCCUUUCCACCAUCGCUUCCAGGUUCUGAAGAACUAGCAAAGGAAAAAGUCUCGGAAGCUCAUGAAAAAUCUUCCGGCGGCACAACAGGAGAAGCGUUUUCAAAAAUCCGCGAAUUACCUCGCGCUUUAACUGAAUUGCUGAGCAACCCCGCAUUCUUUAUGCUCAAUUUAGCGGGAGCUAGUGAAGGAUUGCUGAUAGCUGGGUUUGCAGCUUUCCUACCUAAACUUAUUGAAAAUCAGUUUAGCGUAACUGCUAGUUCAGCUGCACUGCUAAUGGGAUUAGUGACUGUACCCGCUGGAGGAGGUGGAACUUUUCUCGGUGGUUAUUUAAUAAAACGCUGGAAUCUUCCAUGCUCUGGAAUUUUGAAAUUUUGCAUUUUUUCAACAGCUGCUUGUAUUAUCUUCACGCUUUGUUUCGGGCUCAGCUGUCCUAACCUAGAUUUUGCCGGUCUUACUGUUCGAUAUUCUGAAACAGAUCAAAAAAUAAUGGGAUUAGACAAUAAGUGCAACAGUAACUGCGGGUGUUCUACAAAUAAAUUUAACCCUAUUUGUGGAGUAGAUGGCGUUACUUACUACUCACCUUGUCACGCAGGUUGCGAUCGGGAAAUCCAAGCUGAAGAUGUCAAGGUUUAUCAGAAUUGUUCAUGUAUCAGCAGCCAUACUUCAAACUGGACUAUGUCAAAUGGCGAAACAGUAUCUUAUGAAGCUAUAAACACAACCUGCACCAGCAAAUGUAAAUAUUUGUGGUUAUUUAUCUGUCUGGCAUUCUGUAACAUGCUUAUGACCUUCUUGUGCACGAUGCCAGCGCUAGCUGCGACAUUAAGAGUCGUCAGAGACGAGCAGCGGUCUUUUGCUCUGGGUAUCCAGUGGAUUAAGGUUAGAAUUCUCGGCACGAUUCCAGCGCCAAUAAUCUUCGGAGCUCUGAUAGACGAUACUUGCAUUUUGUGGCACGAAACUUGCGAGGGUCGAGGCGCGUGUCUGGUCUACGACAAUUAUUGGAUGAGCUGGUACAUGCUAGCGCUGGCUUUUAUCGGUAAAACAGCUUCCUUACUAUUCUUCUUCCUGGCUUGGUGGUGUUACAUCCCCCCUGGCGGUAGGAAGACUACUUCAGACCCAGACUCAGCGCCCGUGGCGACCAUUUUGUCCGACGGGCCCAACGGGAACUACACCGGGACUGAGAAUUCCCCGAGUAUUUAA